UUCGUUCAAGAUGAAUGCUUUGAAAAGAUAUUUGAUUUUUGGACAAAUUUUCGUACUUUAUAUCCAAUUUAGCAUUGGAUGUGGUGGCCGACAUUCUGACGAUAAACUUCGGAAAAAGGUUGAACCAAUCGAGAAAUGGCUUAAAGGAGAUCAUCCCAAGAAUUCUGACGUAACAAAAAGCAUUGAAAAGUCUUUGAAGUAUUUGGAGAAAAAAUGCGGAAAAGAAGUUGCUUCGUGUACAAAUGACGCUGCGUUCGUUUACAAUGCUUACUUUGAGUUGGAAACAAAUGAAAUGGCAUCGAGCAUUGCGGACACCAAUUUUAAGAAAUUGGCCAAAAUAAUCUCACCCGAAAUGGCUUUUCGUGGUUAUCUCAAUAGCUUAACAAAUGACAUCGCACUUGUCGAUAUUCAUAAUGAAAAAAUCGAUUUGGAGAUUGAGAUUAACUUGAUGCUCAGCAUAUCAACGGCACGACAACUAGACGAAAAAAUUCGGUCAAAGUAUUUAGUUCAUAUCAUGAGAUUUGUUGUGAAUGCAUUUGCUAAAAAUCGUAUUCAAUUCAAAAAUAUAAGAAGAGAAUUCGAAAAGUUUAUGAAACAUAACAAUAUUCCAACACGACUUAAUGACACGAUGAAUUAUCUUUCGCCGUCGUUUACGCGAUUCCCCAAAGAUGUUCGUGCUGAGAAAAACACUCUGACAACUGACCACAACCUCGAAUAUUAUGAGAAUAUCAUGUUUGUUAUCACUGGUUUUGCAUUCAUAGGAAACAAAGACAUCGCACCGAAUUACACACCAGACCUUAUCAAUACGGAAAAUGUUACGAAAUUGUUUUUAAUCAUUUUACAUGCUUACAUUUUAUAUGGCACUCAUAUGAAUCUUAUGAUGUUCGAUGCUUUUUCGGCGGUGCUGAGAAACUAUCAACAUCACGAGAACAAUCUUCACUCCAAACUAAAUCUUUUUGAUUCUGCACUUUUGCUACAAAAAUUUGGCAAUCGAUUUGCUUUAAAUGGAUUUGAAAGAAAAUUAGACACGUACAAAUAUGAAAAAAAUUUGUGUACACUGUUUUUAAAAGGUCAUCUAAAAAUGAAUUCAAUGAAUGAAAUUAUGGCUUCGAAAUUUUACAAAGACUAUCGAUUGGCCUUAAACGAUUUACGGAAUGCUAUAUCUGCCAUAGAAACAAGAUACGAAGUUGAAAAAACCAAAUUUCAUAUACUACAAAACGUUGAAUUCGUCGCCAAAGCCAAUCGCGAGUAUUUGGAGAAUCAAAUCAAUAUUUUAAAAUCAAUUGCUGGUCGAUUGAAAAGAACAGAUACAAAAGUGGCACUGAUUGAAAUUGAUUGGCAAUUGAAGAAAGUUCACAAUGUGCUUAUGGAGAUGAAUGUCGAAGAUCUAACUUGGCUCGAUUAUGUUGACGUAAUGAAAUUCUAUUUACUAUUGACAGUGCCGCCAUCCUCCUAUGGUGGAUGUAUUAAUAAUGCACCCGAUAAUAAAAUAAUGAACACUUAUAAAGAUGAAGUAAUCCAGAAAUGGCCAAAGUUCAACCAAUUGAUGAAUGAAGCUUUAGAUAAAGCCAAUCAGAAUGCAAAUGGAGUGUAUAAUGUGAUUUUUAAUCCAAAGCAAAUUAGCGUGACUAAUGUGGAUUGGUUGGUAUUUGAAAAUGCAUUUAACACCCGAGAAGGUUCAAUAGAGAAUAAUAUGCUCAUAUUUUUACUCGCACAUAUUUAUCCCACACAAAUCAAUAGUUUGAUCAGAAAAAUGGUCGAUACUGCAAGAAUGUCAAAGGGUACAUUCGUACUUGAACAAGUUCUGAAAGCAGCUAUCUUAUGCUCAAAAACACCAGCACUAGACGAAAAACUAAUUACCGACAUUGCAAAUUUCUACACCGAAUUUAUGGUCUACUAUCAUGUAACUUUAGAGUCUGAUUUGGAUACAAAAGUGAUAGAUAAUUUAUUUAGUGAAUUUUAUAUUGAACACCAACACGUUAUCCGUUCCAAACAAUUGAAAUUCUAUCUUGAGCAUCCCGAUUAUAUCGAUUAUAAGCCAAUAAUCUUCGUUAGCCACAAAAAUCGCAUUGACAUGUGCAAUCGUUUAAUGGAAAAAAUCGAAAAAAACCUUGGCCGACCGGGAAAUUAUUUCAAUCGAAUCAAUACUGUUCUCUUGAAGUUGGUUUUAAUGAUUCGAAAUCGUGUGCCAGACGUUAUAACGUCAAAUGAAAUGAAGCAUAUUAUGAAAGUUUAUUUGGAUCUUCAUCAACUUGAUAAUGCAUUCGAUUGGAAUGACGAAAGUUUUGAUAUAGUUUUUCAAAACUUUCACAUGAAAUUCAAACAACAUAUCGCUCUAUCAUUGGAAGAUGAACAAAAUAUGCGUAAAAUUGAGACACUUGGAAAUGCAUCCGAUUGUAUAUUUGUAAAUUUUCUAGAGAAGAUCUUCUUGCUUUAUUUGAUGAGCGUAAAUAGUCGCAGUGUUAACCGAAGUGCUGUCAGGAAUGAUGUUAAAAAUAUUUUAAAGUUGCGACAAGCACUAAUCAAGCGAAAAUAUCUGAGUCUAGUGGUUCAAAAGUCGCAACAGACAUUUUUCGAAAUUCACGCUGUUGAAAUUGGCGAAGUGAUGAAAAUUAAUGGUAUCAAUAACACAAUUUAUCCUGAUGCGAAUCCAGUUGUGGGCUUUACUACAGAGUUAGCCCAAUUGAUGGUCAAUUCCGUGGCAUAUCAGGAUAGGGACAGGGUUCAGAUCGAAAAUGCAAACUCUAUAAAAUUGACGUACUCAUUGCUGAAAAUUAUUUAUACAAGCCUUUUGGCUGGAAAUGAUCAAAUCAAACUUUUCGACAGCACCAACGCAAAUGGCAUGCAAUCAAGAGUUCAAACAGCAAUAAGAAGCACUUUGGGAGCCGGAGAUUAUAUUCUAACAAGAAAAUGGCCGAUGCAAAAACAUGAAUCAAUUGAACAUUCAAUGAAGUCAUAUGUCCUUGAAUUUGCUAAACAAUUCAAAAUUUAAAGCACUUAACAUAAUAUUUGUUAAGAAUUCCAAUUAUUCAACAGAAGAAAAAAUUAAAUGAAAUAAACGAAUUCGAAAUUGUACUAGGGGGAGAUUGCGUGCAUAUAGUCGUGAUUUAUUGACAAAUAUUUGCGACACAUUGGUUUAUAUUCGUAUACGAAUAUGAACCACUUUUUUCAAAUAUGCCACCAAUAUAUUCCACUAUAUUAUAUAAAAUACUCUUGUAAAUACUAGAGUACAAGUACUUGCUAGAGUACAAAUGGUAAAAUACAAUAUAUACUGAAAAGAAAAUGUUUCAAUGAAAAACCGAAAAAAUGGUUUUUUCUUGAUUUGUAUAAUUAAAAAAAAAUGUUUUAUUUU